ACAGCAUGCAAUGUUUUUUGAUAUUUAAACUGCAAGUAUUCAACUGCCAUAAGGAGAAUUUACUAGAGCAACAAUAGAACCAUUGGAUUAAUUCAUUAAUUGAAUAUAGCAAUGUAACAUAGGUAUACCUAUUUAUAAAUAAGUAUACAUAAAGCAAAUCUAUAAUCUGUUAGAAAUCUAAGGAAGGAUUAUGUCACCAUAGCAACGGUUAUAAUGUGUAUCGAUCAAACUUUACUUUCAAAUUCUAUUUUAUGUCACUGAGCCUUGUUUGUCAGACCACAAGCAUAUGGAGAACAAAUAUGAUUAUUAAAAAUUUUAAUAAUAUUAUCAGGGUGGUAUAAGUGUGCAUCAUUGAAUUCUUAUCAACUAGCAUCAUGUGCGACAAAGGAGAAAGAAAUCCUCAAUCUACAAGUUCGGUGCAAUCGUCAUACCGGCCAAGAUUUUCAAAGGAUUCACCUGAGCACACAGAUAAAAUGGAAGACAAGGAUAAUUCAAAAGAAAAUAAACCAUUGUCGCAAAAUAUACCAGUGAUCCUUGAUCCGGAUGAUCCAUUGAUGAAAAGAUUUCAAGAUGCGCUCAAGGCACACCUCACGCGUGUCAAUGACAAACUUAAUCAAGAGAUACUCGAACUCGAAGCCACUUUCAAGUUAGAGGAAAAAAAUCGUGAGACCAAGGGACUGACACUGUACAAUGCACAGCAAGAAAUUGCGAGUCAGGAAGCAGCAAUUGAGAAGUAUGAAAAGACUCUGUUUGAAAUAAUAAAACUGCGCGAGGAGAGGGAAGAAGAAUUAAAGAAGGCAAAGGAGUCGCACAAGGAAACGAGUGAGAAAUUGCGAGAGGAAAAGACAAGCGAGGAAAAAUUACUUGGCGAAAUUGAGAGUCUCGCGUCGCUCGAAAAGCAAUUUGCUGAGUGGGAACAGGAAUUGGCUAACAAUUUGAUAAUCUGUCAGAGAAUGUCAGAGAAGGAUGCGAUUAUACAACGUGAACUUAUUCACGAAAAGCAGCGAGAGGAUUAUAUACUGUUCAAAUUGAUGCAAGAAGUCUGGAAGGUCGAGAACGAGAUUAAAAGUCUUGACGAGCAAUUGCAAUUGAAGGAGAAAGAGAAGAUGGCAGCCAAACAAGUUAUUUCGGAUGCCAAUGCUGAUCUGGAGGCUGUGCAAAGAGAACACAAGAAUUUGUUUGCAACUUGGAACAGUGUGAUAAUUAGUAUUGGUCAAAGGGAUCGAGUUAAUCAAGAGUUAAAUGAAGAGAGACGAAAGAUACGAGAAUCCUUCUAUACUCUACAAGCACAGAUAGAAAAACUCAAGAAAGACACUGGCAAGGAAAUGGAAAACAAUGAAAGGCUCACGUUGUUACAGUCACGAGUCGAAGAAGACGUACAACAUCUGGUCAAGACAAUUUCUAUAGAAAAGGAUAAGCUCAAUAAUUUAGAGUCACAACUCAUAAGAACGACCAGACUUGUGGAGCAAUCACAGGCAGAGCUUGCUGCUGGGGAAGUGAAAUAUCAGCAAUACGUGAAUGAGGAGAAGCUUAUUGACAAGGACCUGGAUAAAUUAGCUAGUCAAAAGGUCAUGAUCGAGGAUGAAAUUAUUGCAAAACUCGAGGAAAAGAUUAUUAAUAACAAAGCGGCGCGACAUUUGAAUAAAUUGUUGCGCGACGCCAAGGAAGGAAUAAGAGAACAGGAAUUGCUGGUAGUGCAAGCGGAAAAUGCUUAUGCUAAAACCACGUUAGAAACGGAGAGGCUCAAUACGAUAAUUGCAAACACAAAAAUUGACCUGGACGAAAUUGCUAAGGACACCCUUGCUAGUGAAAAGGAGAUUGAUAAGAUGACAGCAGAGAUAAGGAAAUGUGAAGUCAUAAUUACCAAAAAACAAAGGACGAUUGCUUUAUUGAACAAGAAAAUAGAAGAGGCUCUAGCAACAACUGGCGGAGAAGAGAUCAGUCCGCUGGAUGUAAAAAUAAUGACAUUGGAAAAAAACAUAGAUGAGAUUGAACAAAAAAAUCAGAAAUCUCAAAAUUACUGGCUCAGGCAGGAAGGUUACAUUGUCACGCUCAGCCAGCAGAGGAAUAUGCAAUUGCAAGAGAUUAAUUUAUUGAAUAAACAAAUAACAAUUAUGGAGCAAAAGAACUUAAAACUUGAGCACGAAUUAGAGAAGGAAAAAAAAGAAGAAGCGAACAUGAAUAGAACAAUAAAUUUGUUUCAGCAAAAAUUAUUGCAAAUUAACAAUAGGUUGGCUUCGCAGAAAGAAUUAAAAAAUGAAUUGGAGGAUAAGAAUUGCUUGAUCAAAAAUGAAUACAUGAAGUCCCUUCAGGAUGCCGAGAUGGAUAUUAUCAGAUUACAAAAUCAACUUAAAGAUUUGGAGAAUGAGAAGAUCAUGUUAAAAGACCAAUUGAAUGCGUUGCAACGUGAGAGCCUUUCUUGGGAGAAAAAGGUAAACCUGGCAUGUGAGACCAUUAAACGUUUGAAAAACGAACGAGCAGCCGGCGGAGAUGUAGCAGUGAUGAAGAGUGAAAUUCACAAAAUGGAAAUACGACUAUUGCAUUUGAAAAAAGUCCAAGAGAAAUUGGUCCAAGAUAUGGAAUUCUGUGUAGCUAGAAGAGACGUAAUAGUUGACGGGGUGAUGGCUAAACAAAAAAGAAAUCCUAAGAGUCAACAAUACCAAAAAAUAAUCUUCAGAAAACGACUGGAUGAUCAAAGCUUAAAGAUCAAGAAACUUACAAAGGAAUUGAAACAAAUAGAGAAUAAAGUAUCGGUAGUGGAGAAACAACAAAAAGAAAUGCUGGAGAAAUUAAACGAGGGUCAAAAUACAUUACGAGAAAUAGAAGAUGUCAUUCCUGAUAUAGAUAAGCAAAUCAUGGAAGCUGAACUGAUAAAGCAUCAGAAUCUAGAAUCUCUCAUACGGAAACAGCAUAAAAUUAAAAUGCUUGAAAGUGUAAGAGAUGGUCGUUAUAAAAUCCUUUUUAAGUCAGAAUCUGCAUUAAACGAAGAGCUGCAGAAACAACGGAUCAUGAAUUUUGAAUUGAAGGCAAUUAUGGAACAAACAAAACAAGAUUUUCCUUUGCUAAAAGACAGUAUUGAUACAAUUCUUUUAACAUUGGAGAUGCCCUGAAUUCGGUGAUGAAAACCAACCCUUUGGGCAUCUUUUUUCUCCUUUUAAGUUUAAACUAUAAUGCAUUUAGUUUAGAUGCAACAGUUGCAUCUUUGAAAAAAUGC